AUGGCUAAUAGAUAUAGUACUUCAACUCGUAGAAUAUAUGAAAUUUGGAAAAGACAUGCUAAAGGUAUACCCUUACAUAAACAGCAACUAAUACAUAGUGUUGUUUCUUCUGAGAUAAUAUCUGAAAAUAAUACUUCGGAUAGAAAGUCAAAAAAAAGAAAAUCAGGAUCCAGCUCUAGAUCUGUUCAAGUAUCUGAUUCAGUCAAUAUUAUUAGGAUGGAGGCUAGCUUUUCAGCUAAUAAAGUUGGUAUAACUGAUAUUCCAAUAAAAAAAGUAGAUAAAAUGGAUGACUUACAAGUUAAGCUUGCACAAAAUCGUAAAGAAAAGGAAGAAGCUAAACAUAAGAUGAAAAGGAUCUUAGAUUCCAACUAA